AUGAGUGUUCCAGCUCCAAAGUCAGCAGAUACAAUAUCGGCGCCACAAUCUGUUGCUUCCCGGCCACCUACACAGAAUCAAUCAUCCCAACAACAACAGCAGCAACAACAACAACCAUCACAAGAAGAAAAAGAACCAAUCGUUCCUCGAGAUGUACGAUUACUUCACUUGAUAUUUGCAACUCAAGGUAUCCAGAAUUACCAAGAUCAUGUUCCCUUACAAUUGAUGGAUUUUGCUCACAGAUAUACAAAGUCAGUUUUGAAAGAUGCUCUUAUAUACAAUGAUCACGCCAAAACAACGAGCUCAAAUGUAAGUUCAAACAGUGGCGCUACAGUCAAUACCGAUGACAUAAGGCUUGCCAUUGCUGCUAGAGGUAACUAUCAAUUCAAGCCAGUACCACCAAAGGAACUAAUGUUGGAGUUGGCACAAGAACGGAAUUCCAAACCAUUACCACCAGUUAUACCGAAAUGGGGCUUGAACUUGCCUCCAGAAAAGUAUUGUUUGACAGCAAAGGAUUGGGAUAGUAUAUAUGACGAGCCGGAAGCGGAUGGAGGAGAUGGACAAGAUGGACAACGGAAAAAGUCCAAGCGUAAUUAA